GGGCCAGGGGAAAGGAUCUGGGGGAGUAAAAGAGAGGCGGGAGAUGGAGGCGGUCAAGGUGGGAAAUUCAAGGUUCAAGAGGAUGUGCGUCUUCUGUGGGAGCAGCACAGGCAAGAGGCACUGUUACCAAGAUGCUGCCGUGGAGCUCGGGAAGGAGCUGGUGGCGAGGAAGGUCGAUCUGGUGUAUGGAGGCGGCAGCGUGGGGCUGAUGGGUCUCGUCUCUGAAGCUGUUCAUUCUGGUGGCGGCCAUGUCAUCGGGAUCAUCCCGAGGACACUGAUGUCCAAGGAGAUUACAGGGGAGACGUUCGGGGAGGUGAAGCCGGUGGCCAGCAUGCACCAGCGCAAGGCCGAAAUGGCCCGCCACUCCGACGCCUUCAUCGCCCUGCCCGGUCCGACCUUUCCCCAUCCAAGUCCUUUCGCUUACCCACCACUGUCGGGUCUUAUCUCACUCCAUCUCCGUCGUCCUUUAGGUGGGUAUGGAACCCUGGAGGAGCUGCUGGAGGUCAUCACCUGGGCGCAGCUCGGCAUCCACAACAAGCCUGUGGGAUUGCUCAACGUGGAUGGUUACUACAACUCCCUGCUCGCCUUCAUCGACAAGGCCGUGGAGGAUGGCUUCAUCCAGCCAUAUCAGCGCCACAUCUUCGUCUCCGCCCCCAACGCCAAGGACCUCGUCCAAAAGCUCGAGGAAUACGUACCCGUGGAGGACGCCGUAGCCGCCAAACUCAGCUGGGAGAUGGAGCAGAUGGGACUAAACUCCACCCUGCACGCCGAGAUCGCUCGUACUGCUUCUAACUCAGGAAAACAUCAGCUUUAUGAUGAAUCGUCUUCUCGAUGUCUUCGCUGUGCUCUGUGUGGGUCAACGUAGGGAUAGGGUUUACCUUCGUCGCUGUACAGCCAUUGAGUAGCCAUCCUCGAAAGAAAAAGCCGGCCUUCGUGUAGCUUUUGGCGCACUGUGGUGCGCCGUGUGGGACAUGGAAGGCAACAAGUGUUACUCGAUGGCUGGGGGUUGAUGAUUGUGAGAUUAAAAGGGAGGCCCUUCCAUUGUCUGCAGCAACAGGAUAAGCUCAUCAGGGUGGACGUCUCGUCCCUGUUCUCCACAGCACAAGGGGAGUGAGAGGGGGCGCCCACUGCCUGUACCAGUUCUACGUGCGGUAGUAGUCCAUCCAGUUGGGCAAGAUUCCUUGGUGUGAGGCUCGGCAACAGUGGCCGAUCCAACAAAGCCUGGGCCACUCACUCACCAUGAGCAAUUAAUUCCAGGAUCCUUACUGUGUGUGUGGUUCUUUUGAACAGUCUCUCGCUUUGAGUUCUACGUCGGGUUAAUGAUUGCCGGAGGAUGUGACUAGAGUUACGCAAAUGAUGAUGGCCAAAAGGGCAAUGGCAAUG